GAGGAGAGAACUGAAUAAAAUUAUAAAAUGAACAUUUUCAAAAAUGAGCCAAUACUGAAUAGGAAUAGCGUAACUCAAGUAUUUAUUUAUAUUACUAAUGCUUAAUUCAGGAGGACAUACAAUAGAUUUAGAAGGAAUUUUAACACAAAGAUAAUCAGAGGAUAAAUUAUUGAUUGUACCAGAAGAAAUAAGUGCUUAAGUACCACCAAGAAUCUCCUUAGAAGUUCAUACUAUGUAAAAUAAGGUGAAAAAACUAAAAACAAUAAAGAUGACUAAAAUGCCAACAAAAACUUAGUUUAUUAUGGAUUUGAGUUAAAAUAAUGACUAUAGGGAAUUAUUAGGUUCUAUUGAGGAUUUAGAAAGAAAUGAAUUGAAAAAAGCUAAAUCUCGAUUGGUUAAGAUUAUAGCCAAUUCAAAAGAGGGAAUAAAAGAAGCUCAAACAAAGAUUGAAUAAAAAUAGUGUUCACUUAUUUGUAUUUAAGCAUUUUACUACUUGAGUAAAGUCUAAUAGUCUGAAGGUCUUAUUGAAGAGGCAGUUAUGACAUAGAAAAUGAUUUUGUAAAAUUUUGACAUAGCUGAUCUGCAUAUAAAAGGAUAGUUAAUGUUGAGUUUAGGAAACUUAUAUAGGAUUUUACUUAAAUUUUAGGAAGCUGCAGAUAAAUUCUAUUAAGCUUUAAUUUUAUAUGAGAGACUGAAUUGGAAAGUACAAUAAGCUGAUUGUUUGUUAUAAUUAGGGAUUGUCUAUGCACUGUUAAGUAGAUAUAUCAUAUAAUUAAAGAUGAUUAUGAAUCUGCUAAAUUGAUUACUUAUGAGGCUUUAGAAAUUUAUAGGGAAAAUAUUAUUGAGAAUAAUAUUAAAGUUGGAAAAGCUUAUUAUGCUUUAGGGAAAAUAUUUUAUUAUUCUAAAGCUUUUGAGGUUGCAAUAGAAUAUUUAUUAAAGAGUUAAAAAAUUCAUGCUGAUUAGUAUUUUAUUGUUGUAUAAUACUUAGUUAUAAAAAUGAUUAUGAUUUUAACUUUGUCUAAAUAUAUAAUUUAUUAGGAAUAGUGUAUCAAGUUCAAUAACAACUGGAAAAAGCUAUAGAUUACUAUACUUUGGCUGUCAGAUGUUAUAGAGGAUCUUUUGAUGCUCAAUUAGGUUAAAUAUUAAACAACAUCGGAGUAGCAUAUCUUGGUUUAAAGAAAUUUGAGUUAGCCAGCGAUUUUUUUAAUAAUGCAGACUAAGUUUACAGCAUUUACUUUGAGUAAACAAACAUAUUAAGAAAACGAGUUCGAGCUAAUCUUGAAUCUAUAAAAGUGAAAUAAUGA